GGAAACCAGACAAUUAUGCAGUGGAGUCAUUCCCCAAGCGCCCCAAAGUCGCAAAAGAGAAAAAGGUGGAGGAAGCCAACCCAAAGUGGCCCCAACCGGAUAAAUGAAUGUCUACGCGUGGAAUUUUCAAGGAAUAGGCAGCACCUUGACUUCGCAAACGCUUAAAGCUCGCCGCAACAUAUCCAAGUCUUUCAUGUUUUUAUGUGAAACCAUGUCUCUCAGUGACAAAGUUAGUACUUUUAUUUCUCGGUUAGGAUUUUCUGAUUGUCAUCCUGUGUAAUAACAGUUUCAUACUCAGUCAUUCUUAACUGCUCCCCAUCAGAAUAUUUUAGACCCUCAAGAGGUCUAAGACAAGGCGAUCCACUUAACUCCCUAUUAUUCACUAUAUGUGUGGAAGGAUUCUCUAGCAUGAUAAGGAAAGCUAUGUCCUUAGGCUACCUUGAAGGAGUCCGAAUCCGCCCCCAAUGCCCGAUAGUCUCACAUCUAUUCUUCGCAGAUGACUCGUACCUAUUCUUAGCCGCUUCUCCGGUAUAUUGCACAACUCUUCUUUCUCUCCUUCAAGCCUAUGAAGAGUUGAGCGGACAACGUGUUAAUUUAAAUAAAUCAACGGUCCUUUUCCGCCAAAAUACAGACCCUAUCCAGGAACAGAUGAUGGGUGCUCAAUUAGGCGUUGGAAGCAUAGGAGAGCAUAACUCAUAUCUAGGAUUACCAGCCAUCUUCUCAAGAUAGAAAAGGGAUGCUUUCCUUUUCAUGAAAGAGAAGCUUAUCAAAAAGCUCCAAGUAUGGAAACAACUUUCCUUGUCCAAAGCUGGGAAAGACACACUAAUUAGAUCUUCUGCCACUAAUAUUCCAGUCCUUGGAAUGUCAUGCUUCAAACUACCCAAGGAAAAUUGUAGGCGACUAAACAGUCAUGUAGCAAAAUUUUGGUGGGGAACGACUCAUAAUACACAACAUCCGAUCCAUUGGGUUUUUUGGAAAAGUCUAGCUACACUAAAUUUCAUGGAGGCCUCGGGUUCAGGGAUUUCGGCGCCUUCAAUAUUGGAGGAUUUGGACUAAUCCAAAUUCCCUCUUUUCAUAGAUCUAUAAGCCUCAAUUGGUUCGAGCCCCUCGUGGGGAUGGACAAGUUUACUGUUCGGAAGGGAUUUACUUCUGCAGGGACUAAGAUGGCAGAUAGGCAACGGGCAGGGGACUCGAACAUUUAUUGAUAGCUAGUUACCGGGUGAUAGACCUUUAGUUCCGAGUAUUCGAUUUCAGAUUUCAAAUGAGACUGCUAUGGUUUCUUACUUCAUUAGAGAAGGUCUAGGAGAGUGGAACAUUUCGAGCUCCACCUUUACUUUGAACCUCAAUCCGUCGAUCUAAUCAGAAAGAUUCCUCUGCCGCAUCGGCCGCAAUAAGACAUCAGAGUGUGACAUUACUCCAAAGAUGGAAAAUACAGAGUCAAUUCAGGUUACCAUCUACCGUUGGAAUCGGCUUUGGCCUCAAGUCGGAAACCGAUAGUUCAGAUUAUCGACCCUCCCAUUUGGAAAAGGACUUGGAACAUCCAAGUCCCGCCUAAGCUUAAGUUCUUCGUAUGGCAAUGUCUCAAGGUCAUUCUCCCUACAGUGGUGGCCUUACAAUCCCGUGGAGUUAACUGCCUUAUUCGAUGCCCCGUGUGCUGCAGACAUCGAGAGAGCAUUGAACACUUAUUUUUCAGAUGCCCCCUCGCCACCAAGUUGUGGACGUUAGUAGGAUCGAUCAACUUCAUUGAUUCCGCCCUGACUAUCAACUUUAGUAUAUGGUGGCGACAUGUCAUGGUCUCUGAAACCUCCCCUGACUACAACCCGGUCGUUGAAGUCUCCAAUCUCCUCCCCCCCCCCCCCCCUCCCCCAACCUCCACCCCGCAGUUCUCUCCUUCCAACCCUCUCACCACACACCUGGAUCCCUCCACCAGACGACUAUUUAAAGAUCAAUUUCGAUGCUUCUGUUUGUGAUUCAGGGUGUUCAUCUUCCCUUGUUGUUUGUGGGUCAGACGACCAUGUGGAGCUGGCAUCCGGUCUGCAUUAUCAGGGAGUUGUCAACCACUAUUUGACAGAGCUCCUAGCCGCUCGAGAUGCCAUCAACCUUGUAGCCACAAGAUCCUUGACUCACGUGAUAGUGAAAGGGGAUUCUGAAGUGGUUGUCAACCAAGUCCAGCAAGGCAUCGUAGAAGAUUUAGUAGGAGGUCCAGUGCUUCAGGAGUGUAGUCAGAUCCUAGACUCUUUGACAGCUUGUAUAGAGUUUAAGGCAACAGAGUUGCCCAUAGAGUGGCGCGUAAAACAGUGCUUUUGUCUCGUCUAGAGUUAGAGUCUUUCGACUUUGUUGGUGGCUUCAUUAGGGCGUUGAUUGUAUGGGGUCCUGGGUAGAUUUGUAUGUCUGACUCUUGUUCUCUCUUGUAGGGGUGACUAUUUGGACCGGGACCGGAUUAAAAACCGGAAACCGGACCGUAUAACCCAGACCGAGACUGGACCGGGACCGAAUAGUAAACAAUCCAAUCCAAUCUUUGGGCUUAGAUUUGAGGUAAAAAACCGGAUAAAGACCGGAUAAGAGAGCUCAACACCCAAAACUUAAGGGUAAUUUGCAUAAACGGUCACAAACCUUUGCACUUAGUACAAAACUUAACCAACUCCUCACCCUUUAAGGCCUUAGGCCACUCAAAUCCCACAAUCUCAAUGUAAAAUCAAGACCGAAUUGGGACCGGACCGAAUCAAAACCGGACCAGAUCAAGACCGGACCGUAUCCAAUCCAAUCUUUUGUCCUGAUAUUUUCAAAAAGACUGGUCUGGACCGGAUCAAAUUGGGCCAAUUUAACCGGACCGGACCGUAUAGCCACUCCUACUCUCUUGAUAUCACUCGAAAAUAAAAGAAAGACUUUUCU